CUCCAAAAAAACCGAAGCUGCUUUCCCGGAAGUGAAGAAGCAGUGGUAGAACCGGUGCUUCAACAACCUUUUGGGUUUUGCUAUUUUUCUUUUUAUAACUUCACAUGGCUUACCCAGGAUACGGCGGGUAUGGCAGCCCAAUGCUACCCUAUGGAGCGCCUGGAGGACCAGUGGGGGGCCACAUGUCCAGUCAAAUGGGUGGACCAAUGGGAGGUAUGCCACCCCGGGUUGGUGGAUAUGCCCCUUACGGGGGAGGCUAUUCCAACACAUAUGGUGCGCCAUCCCCAGCUGCCAAUGACCCAAUGUGGGGUUAUUUUACAGCCAUUGCUGGUCAGGAUGGUGAGGUGGAUGCAGAGGAGCUCCAAAGAUGUCUAACUCAAGCUGGCUUCACUGGAACCUACAGCCCAUUCAGCCUGGAGACAUGCAGAAUAAUGAUUGCAAUGCUUGAUAGGGACUUCACAGGAAAGAUGGGCUUCAAUGAGUUCAAGGAGUUGUUUAUGGCUCUGAAUGGCUGGAAACAGAACUUCAUGAUGUUCGACCGAAACAGGAGUGGGACUGUGGAGCCUCAUGAGAUGAACCAGGCAAUCAGCUCAAUGGGAUACCGCAUCAGUCCUCAGGCUCUGAACGCCAUCCUCAAGCGCUACAACAAAGGUGGACGCAUCUUCUUCGACGACUACGUGGCCUGCUGUGUCAAACUUCGAGCACUGACAGAGAAUUUUAAGAGGAGAGACACAAUGCAGCGAGGUUCCGUCAACUUCCUUUAUGAUGAUGAAGCGACGGCGAAGAGCAAGGAUAAAGCCAAGAAAACGGACAGUGAGAGUGACAGUGAGAUGAGUGACCAGGAAGCGAAGAAGAAGAAAACAGGGAAAGGGAGAAGGAAAAAGAACCAAGCAAACGGGACAGUGAGACCAGUGAGCAGAAGAGAACCAGCAAGAAGGGGCAGGAGUACACUGACGCACACGACCAAGACCACUGCAUUCCAUUUCCAUUGUAUAAUAAUCAUCACUAAUAAAGAAUUAGAGUUGAAUUUUCUGUUUGAGUAUUAGUCCUGACCAUAUAGCCCAACAACAGAUGUAAAUAGCAUGCUCCUAAACAGUUCCCUAAACGUUCUAGCCAAACGAUCAUGGCUAACGUUCUGUUAACCAAGCAAGAACUCCACAAACCAACGUUCCCAGAACAAUGCCACAACGUUCUCCUAACGUUCACUUGUUACCUGGGAUGUUCUUUGCUGGCUGUACAUACCCUACCCAGUCAGACCUACACUGUUUCAAUGUCCAUUUCUCAGUUGAUGACUGAAAAGUGCUGAUAUCAACCAAACCUAACCCCCCUGGAUUGUAAAUGAUGUAGAUAAUUCAAUGUAUAUUCUCUGAUGAUUAACUUGUAUUAUGCUGAUAGUAUAUAUUUGUACCAUAAAUUGAUUAACGUGGAUCCCGACUUUAACAAGCUGAAAAACUUAUUUGGGUCUUACCAUUUAGUGGUCAAUUGUACGGAAAAAGUACUGUACUGUGCAAUCUACUAAUAAAAGAUUCAAUCAAUCAAAUGUCAGGAGGGAUUUUCGGUGGGAGAACAGAAUGUUUGCACCUCCUUGUUUCACAGAAGUGAUGAUGUUGCAUCUGCUCUUUUAAUGUCUUUAAUGUCCUUUGUUUUCUUUAAUGUUUGAUGUUUCCCUCUUACACACAUGUAAGAGGGAUGUGUACUAUGGCUAUGAGUUGUUAUUUUCCCUUGGCCUCAGUCUGGACCCCCUCUCCAGGGGCCCAGGCUUA